UUUUUAAGUUUAGUUUGAAAUAAACAAGUUGCCAUUUUCCGUAAACCUUGUACCAACAACAUAUACACUGCUUUUUCGAAUAAUACCAUAUUUUAAAUAAAACGUUUUAUAAAAUUAAAACGCAUAUAAAUUUUGACACAAGUACCGUACACAAACAGUACGGCACAAACCACAGUACCCUCCCAUCAUAGAUGACUAAUAUGGCAUGGGCAUUGGCACCAUCAUGUCCCAUUAAAAAUUCCACGAGCGUCUACCAUCGUGGUAGUACCAUGGCAGGCAUAGCCGCCUUCAUCUAGUCUCGGCGGUUGUCCGUAGUGGUUAUUCAACCUUGUAAACUUAGAAAUCGUGGCAACAAGAGAAAGUACCAUACGUCGUCCAUUCCCAGCAAAAUCAAGCUAACAUAAAAAAGUGCAAGAUUUAGCCCGAAUUAUGUGCAGAACUAAGACUAACAACUAAUAUUAUUACUUUAUUUUAUAGGAAAAUGCGUUAAAAGUGUUAAUAAUGAAGUGUUUAUCGGUGGUUUUAUGUUUGGUAUUUACCUUCUCUCCAGGGUCCACCCAGGAAGAUGACGGGCCAUAUAAAGGAAAAUUCUUGGGAAAAUUAAAUUCCUAUCAUCACCAAGUUUCCGGCGAUGUCUAUGCUGUCGACGAGUACACGUUACUUUUAAAAUCGUUCAGUUACGAUGGAAAUGGGGCAGAUACGUUUUUCUGGGCUGGAGCCGCCAACAGGCCCGGGCCACAGGGCUUCAUUGUCACAGAUGAACAUGGAAAAACCAACGUCCUGGACCGUUACUUCAACAAAGACUUCACCCUGACCCUCCCAGACCAAAAAAAGAUCACCGACAUCAAAUGGUUCGCCAUUUACGACAUAUGGAGUCAAAACACCUUCGGAGAUAUUUACAUCCCCGAAGAGUUUGAACCUCCGACAAAACAACGUAUAUCCCAACUAAUUUCGAAGAAGAACAGCAUCAGUUCCGACGUAGUGGAAAUUCUCGACGCCAAAAGAAUACAACUGAAAGAUUUCAUUUACGACGGCAAAGCCAAGGAGGCCUAUUUCUGGGUAGGCGUUGGUCCACAGCCUGCUUCAAAGGGCUUCAAGGUCCCAGAUGAAUAUGGAUAUCUGGACCCUCUAAGGCAGUACAAAAACGAAACCAUCAUAGUAGAAAUCCCGGGAGAUCUCACAAUCUUCGAUCUGGAUUGGUUCAGCGUUUUCGAUCUGGCUACCCAUGAAAAUUUGGGCUCCAUAUUGAUCCCGGAAGCCCUGAAUGUGCCCCCGUCCCUCAUUAAAAUCAUCCCUCACAAGAACGAUUUGCCGAACUGCGUUCAACUCCACAAAGAUUUACAAGUUUCGUGGGAAAUUUUUGGGCCGGCUGUAACCAUACAACUCGCCGGUCAAGUUGGCGAAGACGAAUACAUGGCAUUCGGCCUAUCAGGAUCGCCUGAUUCAAGUCAAAUGAUCGGUUCAGACGUCGCGGUUUCAUACAUCGAUGGUUACAGAGGUUUUGCGACUGAUUACAAUAUUACUGCGUUAUCACCUUGUGUUAAAGUUCUUGGUCAGUAUAAAGGAGUAUGUAAGGAUGAUAUGGUUGGAGGGCAAGACACCAAUCAAAUGAAUACAGCUGUAAGAGAGAACGGCAUUAAUAUUAUCACAUAUAGAAGACAGCUUAUAUCACCUGACCAUGGCGACAAAGAAUACCCGACAGAUGCCCCAGCUUACAUCGUAUGGGCGAUAGGAAAACUAGAUCAAAACAAAGAACCCGCCUUUCAUGAUUACUACCCAAAACACGACAUAAAGAUAGAGUUUAUGCCCAAAGAGCCCAUAAAAACUUGCUUCUCUUUCACGAAAACGGAAGAAAUCGUUCAAGAACCGUGGCCAAAAGGUCAAAUUUACGACAGGACCAUACGGGUUUUUAACGCGUACAUCGGUCCAUCGGGUGGUAAGAGGGCUUAUCAAGCCAUCACCAAACAUACCACCGCUGGUGUGUCGUGGUACAUCAAUGGUUUAAUGGCACCUGAGCUUUGGUUGAGGCGCGGUUUGACCUACGGUUUUAGAGUGUUUGGAGGUAACAACCCUCAUAGUGCCGAGUAUUACCAUCCCUUAAUCAUCACCGAUGACCCUUAUGGGGGUUUUGAUAAGUUGACUGAAGAGCAACAGUCCAAAAUCAGGGUUUUGGCUGGUGUAGAGUAUACCAGGAGAGGACCCAGGGCUACAGUCACUGGACCUCUAUGCGUAUCAUCUCACAAACCCACUGAAGACAGACGGUUGGAUGAUACUUUCCUGAACUUCAAAAAACUCAAUCGUACUCUAAUAACCACCUGCGAAAGUGGAGAUCCGGGCAUAUUGGAAAUAACUCCCAACUCAUCAUGGCCUGAUACAGUUUACUACAACUCCUUCACGCAAAGCAACAUGGGUUGGAAAAUCCACAUCGUCGAUACGUAUAGUCAGAGGAAUGAAGCUCCCCAAAUAUUUAUUACACUGAACGUAAUUUCAACCAUAUUACUAGCAUUUUGUGUUAAGCAAUUCCUGUGAAUUAGUAAACGACUGAACAAAUUCUUGGUGUACAUUAUUUAUUUUUAAUUACGUAACAAAAAUAAAAUUU